AUAUUUUUCAAGGAUGUUGAAUGAUACUAAGUAUGAAGGAAGCUGGCAGAAUUUUUCUGGAGAAAAGAGGUAUCUAGCUGGCAAGAUUUACAAUCAUUUGAAGAAGAGACAAACUCGAAGUUUCAGGAACAACAACUUCCGCAAGUUCCAUAUCCUUCUUAACAAGACGUCAAGAAGAGACACAGCGGAUUCCUCUUUGGAAAGCAACCAAUUUCGAAUUAAAGUUAAGCGAAGCGUUGAACGACCACUUAGACUUAAGGAGAUCACUAAAAGAUCGAUCCAAAACAUCAAACUCAUGCCAGACACUGUAGCAGCAUCAAGGAGGAAUUUGAGAAAAGGGGUUCAGACCAGUACGACAACGAUGAGUAUGAAUAAGAAAUCCUUCAGUAAACCACUCCAAAAAACCAGCAUGAACCGGCUUGAGACUGAGAACAAUGUAGUGAGCAAAGGCAAGAGAAGAUUAUAUGAACAUAAACUGGAAGACAGCGCUCACUCCAAGACCAGAGGGAAGACGUUUAAUGGCAAGAAUAUUCAUCCUCAUUCUGGGUAUUCAACAGCUGAAAAAUUUCGAGCUACUAGACUAAAUCUACCAGAGCCGAUGCAUUUUGAGGAUCUGAGCAAUCUGAGCUCCUGUAAGAGCCUAAUAUCUUCCUCAAGUCGUAAGUAUUCGGAUUCCAAGUCCAAGAGCAAUAUGAAGAAAUUGAUCCAGUUCCAGAUGAGAGAGGAUCAGAAGAGAGUCGUCCAGGAGGAGCAUAUUAAUGCUUUGAUGAAUCUUAGUCAGAGAUCGAGGAGAAGUGCAGUGCUUUCCAGGCUCAAUGUUCCAGUAAGCUCCUACUCUGGUAUAAAAGUAUAA